GAAGCCCCUUGCAAGGUCUUGUUGUCCGUAUAACAAUGGCGGGAAUCGGGAACCCUAAACCUAAUCUCAACAGCGACACUGCGAAGAAGAUGGCGAAGAAGAAGAAGAGUAAUAAUGGAGAGUUCGAGUUCUGCAAGGUCUGCAAUCUCAAUCACAACCAAGGGCGGCGCCACAACUACUUCCCAAACCACACAAAGUCUCUCUCCUCCUUCCUUUCCAGGUUUCUCUCCAAACUUUCCGACGUCCGUUUCUCUCUGAAAGACCCUAGCCCUCUUCGCCCCGAACACGCUUCUCGGAACCGACUCUGGUGCAUCUUCUGCGAUGCCGACAUCGACGAGCUCGGAAGCUCAUUCGCUUGUAACAAUGCAAUUAAUCACUUGGCGAGUUUGGAUCAUUUGAAGAAUCUGAAGAGUUUUCUGUGGAAACAUGGAGGUGGAAUGGAUCGGGUGGAUUCUUUUAGGGUUUCCGAGGCAGACCUUGCUAAGUGGGAGAAAAAGUGUAAGCUGUUGAAGAGCACGGAUGCAUCAUCUAGUGAAGGAUCUUGCAGGCCUUUACUUGGCCCUUCAAAUGAUAUCCACAAUGAACUCAACUAUGAAAAUAUAAAUAAUUUUGACAAAAAUGUAGUCUACUCUCUUGAAUCAAGUCUUUCAAAUGGUGUUAUGCCUUUACAAUAUCAUACAAAUGAGAUAUAUCAGGUAUCUCAUUCAGAAUUCUUUGGAGUUCCAAAGGUUGGCUCUCUCCUACACGAUGUUACCUCUUUUUGGCCUGCGGAGACACAUUCUAGCACAGAUUUAUGGAACUUGAAGGAUUUGACAGUUCACAGGGAGAGCCAACCUCCUCUAUGUAACAGUAAAAGAUCAUCAGCUGAUUCCUAUCUCAGUAAUGGAGGGGUGUAUCAGGUGUGUCGGGAUGAAAGAGUGGCUAAUGGAGGGAGCAGUUCUCAGAGUUUGCAAUAUCUCACGCAAAUAUGUUCCAAGUCUCCUGAAGAAGCUGAAGGAAAUGUGCAUUCUGGUGCACCUCCUCCUUGGUUUGAAGCAACUGAAGGAAACAAGAUCAAUGUUCUGCAAAAACCAGGAUUUGGUAGCCUCACUUCUCCAAUCAACAAAUCAGGAAAGUCCCAUAAAUUGAACCCCAAACGAGUGGGAGCUGCUUGGGCCGAAAGGAGAAAGAUUGAGCUGGAGAUGGAAAAGAGGGGGGAGAUCGUCACCAGUAACUGUGAUGUUAACUGGCUUCCCAAUUUUGGUAGGGUUUGGCAAUCAGGCAGCCGUAAGGAAUCAAGGAAAGAAUUUGAGACGGAGAAGCAGAAAUUACCCAAGGUUGAAAAUCAGUCUGAUUUAUCUAUCAAGAUUCAGCCUUAUAUCAGCAAAAGAAUGCGAAGAGAUGUAAAUGACUGAUGGAUACUGGUGUCACCUUUGCACUGAAGUUUUGUUUGGAUAUGUAUGUUCCUCCAAGUCCUCUAACCAUUAGAACCACCUGAGUCCUUUAACCUUCAGAUUGAACAGUGAUGCCUGAGUCUGUACAUUCUUCUGCAUUUUCCCCAAGUUGAGUUUGGAGUCAUGUCCAGAAGCAGGGAGUAAUCAUAGUGUCAAAAAUCAAUCAGUCAUCAUUUGUAAGGCCAUUUGCUGGGAAGAUUGCUGCCAACUGAUGUCUGUAUUUUAAUAAUGACCAAGUGGGCAUUUGGUUUCUCUCUAAAGCAUUCAUUUAGAAUUUUCUUCC